UCAUCGCCUAGUUCCAAUCUUUCAGCUUUGCAAGGGGCAGGGUAGUCUUCGCAGACUCGUGCAGGCGAGCCGAACCGCUGCAUCGUUACAAGAUGGCCGUAGUGUUCCGGAGCACAUCUGACCUGCUCUACCUGCCAGACCAUGGCUUCGUCGAGGAGGAUGGGGCUAUCAAAAUCCUCCUUCAGAUCAACCGCCAGAUCCGCCGCCUGGAUGUCUCUCACAACCUCCUCGGCAACGAGGGGAUUUCAGUCCUGAUUCAAGGUCUGAACUCAUGUCGACACCGAUUCUCUUCGACAGAUUAUGGGCUAUGGGGUCUGAGAGACAUCAAUCUCGGAAGUAACUCCAUAUCUGAUGAGUCGUUCUCCGCUCUCAUGAGCUAUGCGAAGAAGGAUGUGUUUAUGCGGAGAGUGACGGUUCAGGGGAAUGACAUAGAGCUCAGGAACCACCUCGAUUCUGUUCUCAACUCUCUCAAUUCUUCACACAUCGAGGACUUGUCACUGACGAACAAUCCCUCCUUACUCUCCUCGUCAAUUCGUAAACUCUUCAACACCAUAACCACACCGUACCUCUCUCAGCUCUACCUCUCAGUAUGCAACCUCGGUCCGAACAUUAUCCCACCUCUCGUCUCCUAUCUCGGCUCGCCGAGAAGCCGGAACCUAGAGCUUCUCGAACUGAACGGUAACAAGCUCGGCGUGGAAGGCGUCCGAGCCAUCGUGGACGUUGUCGAAUCAUUCAACUUUACUAUCAAAGAGGUCUCGCUUCUGGCGAAUGACGUCUUGUCUCGUUCGAACGACGAUGUCGAGGAGACUUCUCGGCCUUCUGAUGCAGAGAAAAGAGCGGAGAAUGAUGCUCUGGCAUACGAAUGCCAUCGACGAUUACCUCCGCUUCUGGCUCGUAAUCGAGCAUUGACACAACGCAUCCGUCGAGCAGCCAUCCGAGUUAUCGCUCCUGCCAGGAUCCUUCUAACAGCGCGACCACUGAACGACGUGGAAAUGGCUAGACAAGUCAUCGACAGUAUAGGGACCCGACCACCUGCCUUUAGAAUCCUGGACCUGCCGCGCGAAGUACUCUACCUGAUUGUCCGACACUGUUCACGCGAUGCGUCCGCGUUUUCCGAAGCUCAAUUCACUCGGAUGCGGAAAGAAGCUGAGAGCAGGGAUAAUGUGAAGAGGAAUGGGACAAUCAUGCGGGAGAGGUUGCUCAAGGCAGAAUCGGAUCAGAUUGGACGGGCCGUUUGGCAAGUGCGGGAAGAGUGGUUAAAGAAGGGAAAAUGGGACAAGUGGGAGCUGGACAAGCCGGUCCAAGUGCCCGCCCAUACGGAGACGGUGGAAUCGCAUUCGGGGAAAUCUUCAGACUUGUCACCGGGUACACAAAGUCUGCAGCUCAGCUAAGGUUCCGUAUGCGCGUAACGACCUAACGAGAUGACGAUCUAUGUAUAUGUAGCUUUAUAUCAAUCGAAUAGAUCAUCUCA